ACCGCUGCGGAAGUGUCCCUGGCACAGCGCCUGGGCCUGGUGCCCGCUCCGCCGCCUGCCCUUUCCAGCGACGAGUGGCUUGCGGUGCACCUGGCGAGCCGGCUGCGGCAGGACUCGAGCGGCCUCUGCAGCAUCUGCCUAGCGCCGUUCAAGGCGGCGGCACAGGUGCUGCUGAGCUGCUCCCACACCUUCCACGCCACCUGCCUGGCCAGCUUCGAGCGCUUCAGCAGGGAGCACACGGGGCAGGCGCGGUGCUGCCCGCUGUGCCGCUGCCAGGCCUACCAGAAACGGCGCAUCGCUGAUGCGGAGCUACUGUGGCGCCACGCCUGCGCCGCACGCAUCCAGGCGGCCUGGCGGGGCCGGCUGGCGCGGCGGCACUUCCGCGCGCUGCGCCGCCUGCUGCCGCCGCAGCAUCCCGCGCUCAGGCGGCGCUGGUGUGCCGAGCGGCUUGAGGAGGGCAGCGCU